GACAGCAGCUAUGAUACAAACCUCGCUCAUUCAAAAUGCGCACAGUGAUCUGGUCACUGACGCUUGCUACGACUUUUAUGGACUGUAUCUCGCAACAUGUGGUCUUGAUCAGAGGAUAAAGUUAUGGGCUCUAGACGAGUCUUCAGGACAGUGGAACCUUGAGGAUGAAUGGAAGGCCCACGACGCAACAGUAACGAAAGUCUCAUGGGCGCACCCAAUAUACGGUCCAGUCAUUGCUUCCUGUUCCUUCGAUGGUACUGUAAAGGUUUGGGAACAGGUACAUGUUGACAGUGUGAGCGACGCGUCGGGUACGGGUGCAUCAAGCGGAAACACGAAAUGGGAGCAGCGAGCUGUGUUAUUUGAGGCCAAGGGGAGCGUUCGGGCUAUUGAGUUCUCUCCACACCAUUUUGGAUUAAAGCUUGCUGCAGUUUCCUCAGAUAAUCAAUUACGAACCUACGAAUGCGUCGAGCAGCCCGCACUCUCUUCAUGGCAACUCGUCGAUGAAGUCGACGUUCCUUCCCUUUCAGUCGGAAGCGCACACGGAGGUCCCUCGCUUGCACAAACGCUCGCACCAGGGACACCGACACCCUCCGCUAGUGGAGCUAUAGCGCUCGAUAGCGCAAGUGUUUCUAACUUACUUCAGACAGCUCAACAACAGCAGAGUGCUGCACAUGGUGCAGGGAGACCUGGAGUUGGCUUGCGCGAGGCGGAUGGUGGUUGGUGUUUGAGUUGGUGUAAGGAUAAGUAUUGGGGAGAGGUGCUUGCUGUUGGGUGCGGAGUUUCUGGAGUUGUUAAAAUCAUCCAAUUCUCAUCCCACCGACCACACGCCCUCCUCGCCCUCGAACCACCUCCACCCUCCACUUCAGCCCCUGCCGUCCCUCGAGGGAACACGUCCCGUUCAGGCGGUUAUGCCGCAGCCGUGGGUGGCAGUAACGUAAGCAGCAAUGACACUCCAUAUGCAGUAACAAGUGUAGCAUGGGCACCAAGUUGCGGACGUUCGUUCCAUUUAAUCGCGACUGGAUCGAGGGACGGGCGCGUGAGGAUAUGGAAAGUCCGGCCUCCUCCGCCUUCUGUUACUGCUAGCAUGCAUAGUAAUGGGAUGGUGAUGGAGGAGGAUAUGGCUGUGGAUAGUUUGGACGAGAAGUGGAGUGCGAGUUUGGUUGCGGAAUUUGAUGACCAUAAAUCGAGUGUAGGUCGCGUCGAAUGGAACAUUACCGGGACCGUCUUAUCCUCGUCAGGGAACGACGGACGCGUUCGUCUCUGGAAACAGACUGUCGGUGGCGUAUGGAGACCCGCGGGGCACAUUAGUGUUGAACAAGCUGAGGAGAGGCCUCAAGCGACUGAUGUUGAUAUGGAUGAGAAUGGUGGGACGAGUUAAGAAUUAUCUUAGUGCUUUACUUUGUUUUCUCGAGUUUAUACAUUGCUUCGUGAGCG